CGCGUAUAGUACGCAAGCUCAGUUCUGCAACAAGAGAGGAAAGGAUAAACAGCAACACGCGCCGCGCCCGCACGAGAUGCCGCGCGAACUUAUCACUAUCCAAGCCGGGCAGUGCGGGAAUCAAAUUGGUUCACAGUUCUGGGAAUAUCUCUGCAAGGAUCACGGGAUUUCACGCGACGGAACCUUGGAGGACUUCGCCACAGAUGGCGCCGCGGGCGAUCGCAAGGAUGUCUUCUUUUACCAGGCGGAUGACGAGCACUACGUGCCGCGAGCGAUUUUGGUCGAUUUGGAGCCAAGGGUCCUUGCAAAUAUCAUGUCAGGGCCGUACAAAAGAUUGUACAACCCAGAGAACAUAUAUUCGUCCAAGACGGGCGGCGGUGCAGGCAACAACUGGGCGCAAGGGUUCGGCGCUGGGCAGAAGAUCGCGGAUGAGCUGAUUGAGAUGAUUGAACGUGAGGCAGACGGAAGCGACAGCUUGGAGGGCUUCAUGCUUCUCCACUCGAUCGCGGGAGGCACAGGUUCCGGCCUUGGCUCCUUCCUGCUAGAGGCGCUGAACGACGCAUACCCCAAGAAGCUCAUCCAGACCUAUUCGGUGUUUCCCAAUUCGGAGGAAACGUCGGACAUCGUCGUACAGCCGUACAACUCGAUCCUGACACUGAAGCGCCUGGUAGAUCACGCGGACAGCGUCGUCGUCCUCGACAAUGCCGCCCUCAGUCGGAUCGCUAGCGAUCGGUUACACAUCCAUGAUCCGAGCGUCAGUCAAAUCAACCAAAUGAUCAGCACGGUAAUGGGCGCAUCUACUUUGACACUGCGGUAUCCGGGCUACAUGAACAAUGACCUAGUCGGCAUGAUGGCGUCCUUAAUCCCAACCCCUCGGGCGCACUUCCUCAUGACCUCAUAUACCCCCUUCACCUCCGACACGGUGGAUCGGGGCAAAGCAACGAUGAAGACGUCCGUCCUGGAUGUGAUGCGGCGACUGCUCCAACCGAAGAACCGCAUGGUCUCCACGCAUGGUGCGAGCAAGUCCAGCUGCUACAUCUCCAUCAUGAACAUCAUCCAGGGCGACGUCGAUCCACGCGACGUGCACAAGUCGCUACUACGCAUUCGUGAGCGGCACCUGGCUUCCUUCAUCCCAUGGGGCCCUGCGUCUAUACAAGUGGCGCUCGCCAAACGCAGCCCAUACAUGGCGUCAACACAUAGGGUCAGCGGCCUGAUGCUCGCCAAUCAUACCGGCAUCGCGAGCUUGUUCAAGCGCACGGUCGAUCAGUAUGACCGAUUGAGGAAUCGAUCAGCUUUCGUCGAGCAGUACAAAAGAGAACCGGCGUUUUCGAGCGACCUGAGUGACUUUGAUGAGGCUCGGGAAACAACGCAGGAGCUCAUUCAAGAGUACCGUGCCGCCGAGCAACCGGAGUACAUUACCGGGAAGAGCGCAUAAGAUCUUGUAGCUUUGUCAGGAACCUCGACUGUAUUUUAGCAAGAUUGUGCAUUAUUGAGC